AUGGACUUCCAAGACGCUACAAAAAUCGUCGCUACGACGAAGGAGGAACAGACUGCAGAGAGCAAUCAGGUCAUUGAAAAGAAAAGUCAUCACCCCAUCAUCGCGACAUUACACUUAGCUCUUAAGUUAAUUGUGAUGAUCGUAUUUGUCUGCUUUUUCUUCUUCGUGUCGGGGUACUUUGUCAUCGCGUUUUCAAUUUGUUUGCUCCUUGGUUCCAUUGACUUCUGGUUGACCAAAAACGUGAACGGCAGACUUCUUGUCGGUCUCCGUUGGUGGAAUAAAGUACUUGAAGAUGGGUCAUCAAAAUGGAUAUUUGAGGCGUUAGAGGAUAGUCAGAAGGUCCGACUUUCCUAUAUCGAAAUGAUGAUCUUUUGGGUCACUUUAAUGGCGGCCCCACUCAUUUGGUUUGGGUUUUGCUUUUUGAAUUUUGUUGGGUUAAAAAUCAAUUACCUUGGCCUUUCCAUAGUCUGUUUCAUCAUGAAUUCGAUGAAUCUUGUUGGGUUCAUCAUGUGCGCGAGAGGGUCGAGGUCUAUAUUGAAGAGAAAGGUCAGAAAAGUUGCUGUCGAACAAGGGACAAAAGCAGCAGUUAGUGUCGCGGCUGCACAAUUUGAGUCUGCAACGAACUAA